AUAAUCAGCUUCUGCUAGUGAAAAAUGUUUUAUAUGCAGAGAUUUCGACUGCAAACUGGAUGAUAAGAUCCACUGAAUUUAUAGCAACAAUUUAUUAUCCCAAACGAAUAGAUUCUUCAGAGAUACUCGGUUCGAUUUCCUACAAGUAUAUAAGCCCAUUAUACAUACUGUUUACUAUUUAUUUUGUUAUGAUUAAUCUCUGGCCCGGUUAAUUCUGCUCUUCCCAAUAGUAAAGGUUACUCAGUAGCGAACAUCGCAACCAUCAAAAAAAAUUAAAAAUUUUAGAGAGGUGUAGUUCGAAGCUUCUCAAUAGAACAAGACCUACUAGAAAAGUCAUAGAGAACAAGUAAAGACGUACUUGUGAGAAGAGGACAGACACAUACAUUUAUCAAUAAAUAUUUCAAGAAAGAAACAAAGAAAAAAUUAGUACACAAGUCACAUCAUGAGUAGCAAAGAAGUAAUACAAUUGACUCAAGAAGAGAUGGAUGCCGUGAUAUACGAUGCCAGAGAAGGGGAUUUAGAAACUCUUAAAGAGAUAUUUGAAGAGAUAGGUCCCGAAGUGUUGACAACUAUAAAAGAUGAUAUAACAUUGAGUACUCCUUUGCAUAUGGCUGCUGCCAAUGGUCAUGUUGAAGUAGUUAAAUAUCUUUUAUCUCUUUUACCUCAUGACAAAGCUAUAGAGUAUGCUUCUGCUACCAAUGAAAGUGGUAAUACCGCCUUACAUUGGGCUGCCUAUAGUGGACAUUUACCAGUGGUUGAAUUAUUAGUUGAAGAAUAUAAAGUCGAUGUAUUUUUAAAGAAUAAGUCAAAUCAUGAUGCUAUAUUCGAAGCUGAGAACAAUAAUCAAACUGAAGUUGAUAGCUGGUUUUUAAAUAAAUUCGCGGUUGAAGAUGACUUUAAAGUCGAAGAAGACGGUGAAAACACUAAGAUUACAUAUACUCCAGGAUCUGAAUCCAAAGAAGCUGAUGAACGUGCAGCUAAGGCUAAGGAAGCAGAACAAUUAAAGCGAGAAGAGCUUGAACAAAAAGCAGAAAAUUUACGUAUUGAUGACGAUAACUAGAUGAAAGACAUCGACUAUGAUUUUCUCCUUGAAGCCAUCUAAAUUAGCAUUUAAACCUUACAUACUUGUACAAUAUACAUAUAUAACUUUAUAAAUAUAAAAAAAAUAUCAUUAG